UGAUCGGCACCACACGCUCCUCGCACUGUUGCCAUCACGCAGCAAGCAUGAUAUUUUUACGGAGACGGACCGUCGAACAAGCGUUGCGCACAGUAGACGAUUCUCAUAGGUAGUUGUCAUGAUUUUACUGCAAUAUGAAAAUACUGCAAAGAAAAAAUGACUAAUUCUACGAGAUAACAUUAAGUGCAAGCGCUCCUUCUCAGAAAUAGUUGCAUUUGUCCGAAGAAAAGCUAAGAUGGGAAGCUCAACCGCCCUUCCCGACGAGUGCGGAGGUCGUUCGCCGUUCCAGGGCGAUGCUCCACAACGGCCUUGCGUCGACCUUCACAACAGCGCCGGGAAAAGAAACCCGUCGUCAUCUUCCUUCCGGAGCCGGUAUCACGAACACCGGGCCGCGACGGAGGUGAAGAACUCAAGACGAGGAGGAGGAAUAAAACUUUGUUGGGCUGGUGCUCUAGUCGUACUUCGGAAUUUCUACUGCGCAACAACGACUUCUACACUUCUCGCUCUAGUACAUGUACAACUCCCACGACCGGUUUUUGGUGUGACUGCAACAUCUCCUACCGCGGCAAAUGCCUCCUCCACGCGGUACUUUUUAUCCGAAUCACUGUGCAAAUACGACCAGCAGCUGGAGAACCGGGAGCAAUGCGAGCAGGCGGCGACUAAGUUGCUGAACUGGAACCCGUCGGCGGUAAACACGCCGAGCCUCUACAUCGCGAGCAAAGAGUAUCAAAUGUAAAAAUGUCUGGGUCUGGAAGAGUCAUGCUGUUUUUGCAUGACACGGAAGGCCUGGCAUGAAAGCUCUAGCAUCACAGGUUUCGAAAAGCUUCCGCAAUGCCGAAUCCGCAUGACAAAUCCCCUAUUUUGCUGAGAGAAAAUGGGCAGCUUCUGCUACGUAUGCAUGAGAGACUUUUCUGUGUUCUGAAAUAUGCAUUACAAGUUGCAUUCUUCCAGACCCAGACAUUUUUACAUUUGAUAAAGAGUGGCAACCGCUGAAAACCAUGAACCGGGCCGGCUGCUUAUCCUGAGUAAAAACGUACCCACACCAUAGUUGUCAUGCAACUCUGCAUGACUAAAAUGUUUCUCAUGCGGAGCCCCAUGAGAAGCAUUUUCUAAUGCGGUUUUGAAAUUUGUCAUGCUCCAAUCAGCACGAGAUACUAGAUCUGUAAUGCUGCUAAACUAGCUCAAACAGCACUACACUACGCGGACAAACUUGUCAUGCCAAACAACCAAAGCUGGCUAAUUUGUCUAGCAGAUUCCCCAUCCUGACUCUGGUGUGGGUACGUUUUUACUCAGGAUACUGCUGGUAUGACCAGGGGACCAAGUUGCUGGUCUGGAAAGAGGAGGGAGACAAGCGGGAUACCAGCGCGAACCACGGGGACUACCUCCUUUUGUGCAAGUCUGAGGACGGAGGUGGCCACGGGGGGCACCACGUCCCCGCUCUGUAUUUCCUGUAUCCUGAGUAAAAACGUACCCACACCAGAGUCAGGAUGGGGAUUUUGCAACACAAACCUAGGAGUUUUGUGAGUCACGCGUGACAACUUGCACUCUGCAGCGUAGUGCAGGUUAGCAAGUGCAGUCGCAUCACAGAUUCAUCUGCUCAUCCUGUUUACAGCAUCACAAAUUCCAAAACACGACUGGAAAUGGCUCUCAUAGGGAUGCGCAUUACAAGUCUUCCUGUCUUUGCAAAUCUGCAUUACAACUCUGGCGUGGGUACGUUUUUACUCAGGAUAUCCUGCUCGCCUUCGUUUUGGUCGCCAUUCUGGGCUUAUCAAAUGUAAAAAUGUCUGGGUCUGGAAGAAUGCAACUUGUGAUGCUGCAUUUGGAUUCCAAAAAAUAAAAAGUCUGUAUUGCAUGAGUACCAAAGGGAAUGCAUGCUUUUGCUACGCUGAUAAGGCAUUUGUCAUGCGGAAUAGGCAUCAAGAAGCUCUCAAAAAAUCUGUGAUGCUAGGGUAUGCAUCACAGACAUCAUGGCUCAUGCAAAACGUGCAUGACGAAUCUCGCAAUCUUCCAGAGCCAGACAUUUUUACAGUUGAUAGGGCUCGCUGCUCGUCACCGCGCUCGACAAGUUCGUCUUCCACCACUUCUUGCCGCAGUCCCUGCUGCUGGUGCUGGUGGGGAUGCUGACCAACGUCCUGGGCCACCUCGCGCCGCCGCACGGGCACUUUGCGGAGAUGAUCCACGCCGUCAGCCACAUCGACCCGCACGUCUUGUUUUGGGUGCUGCUGUAUCAACCGCAAAAAUGUCUGGGUCUGGAAGAUUGCCAGGUUUGUCAUGCAUAUUUUCCAUCACCCACGAUGUCUGUGAUGCAUGCCCUAGCAUCACAGAUUCUGCGAGGGCUUUCUGAUGCUCAUACCGCAUGAGAAAUGCCCUCUCCGCGUAGCAAAAACCGGGCUUAUUUUGCUCUUCACGCAAUACAGUCUUUAUGUAGAGUCCAGACGUAGCAUUACAUACAAGUUGUAUCCUUCCAGAUCCAGCGAUUUUUGCGAUGCAUAUGCUGCCUUUCCUGCUGUACGAGGACGGGUCCUCCGCAGACUGGCGCGUGCUGAAACCGGUGUUCUCGAACGCCGUCACGCUCGCGGUGCCCGGGGUGCUCAUCUCCUUUCUCCUCCUGGGCGGGUGCAUCAAGCUGUUGUUCAGCGACCCCCCGGGAGACGACGGGUGGACGUUGGAGUCCUGUUUGUUGCUGGCCGUGAUUCUGUCCGCCACGGACCCGGUCGCCGUCGUGGGCGCGCUCAAGGUAUCAAAUGCAACUUGUCAUGCUGAAUCUGAAGCAUGGAAUAAUCUGUGUUGCAUGAUUACCAAAAGUCGUUCAGUUUUGACCAAGUCGGGAGGGAGUUUCUCAUGCAGGAUAAGCAUAAGAGAGAUCGCACAGAAUCUGUCAUGCUAGGUCCUGCAUUCCAGACCUCAUGGGUCAUGGCAAAGCUGCAUGACAAAUCGCGCACUCUUCCAGACCCAGACAUUUUUGCAUUUGAUACAAGGUGCUGGGCGCGCCCGCGCGGCUCACGCUGCUGAUCGCCGGGGAGGCGUUGAUGAACGACGCCACGUAUCAAGUGCAAAAAUCGAUCUGGGUCUGGAAGGUUGCAGCUUGUGAUGCUGUCUUUGGAUUCCAAAAGAAUCUGUAUUGCAUGACUAGCAAAAGGCGUCCAGUUAUUUGUGCUACACGGGGAGAGCAUUUCUCAUGCGGUAGAAGUAUCACAAAGCCCUCCAAAAAUCUGUGAUGCUACGUCAAAUAUCACAGACAUCAUGGCUCAUGGAAAAUAUGCAUGACAAAUCUAGAAAUCUUCCAGACCCAGACACUUUAUUUGCAGUUGAUACCACGGCGGUGGUGUUUUUCCUCCUGUUUUUCGACAUCGCCCGGGGCGUCAAGGACUUCACGAUCGGGUACAGCCUGCUCACCUUCUCCCGGCUCGCCCUGGGCGGCCCGGUGAUUGCGGUCGUGGGGAUGCUGGUGGCCUACUUUGUGCUGUCGCGGGUGAAACACAUCGACGCCCAGGUGUUCUUGUUCCUGAUCGCGAUCAUCGUGUUUGGCCUCUUCUUCGUGUCCGAGAUGCACGAGAUCCACGUGUCCGGGGUGCUCGCGGUGGUGGCCUUCGCGUUUUGGUACGCGGCGGUGGGCAAGGACCUGAUUGCGGCGAACGGCGGGGAGCACCUGACGCACGCGCACCACCAGGUGGUGUCCUUCCUGGCCGGGGUGGCCAACGACUUCAUUUUCUUCAUCGCCGGCGUCGUGAUGGCCCGGUACAUUUUUUUCUCGGACAUGCGGGUGCAGGACUGGCUGGAGCUUGGCCUUCUAUACGUGCUCUGCCACUGCUGCCGCGGCCUCGCCAUCCUGGUCCUGCUGCCCGUGCUCAACAUCGGCGGCUACAGCGUCUCGCUGAAGGAGGCCCUGGUGUGCGUGGUCGGGGGGCUGCGCGGCGCGGUGGGGCUGGCCAUGGCCCUGCUGGUGGAGCUGGACCAGUCGGAAGAUCCGCUCCCCCUCGAGAUCCGCCUGCGCAUCGGGUUCCACGUGAGCGGCAUCGCGCUCCUCACACUGUCGAUCAACGGGGUGCUGUUCGGAAAAAUCUACGACAAGCUGAAGAUCUACCCGCCCGCGGAGCAACCGAACCAGCUGCUGAUGCAGAAGUCGGCCCUGCUGGCCGAGGCGGUGGCGUACGAGCACGUGACGGAAAUGCGGCACCACUGGCUCUUCAGCAACCUGGACGCGGACGCCGUGCUAAGGCUCACCCCGCGCGUCUCCGAUAUGCUCGAACAGGAAGCCAAGUCCACGGUUCUCGAGCAGCACGAGGUGGCGCGCAGCAUCGUGACCACCGCGUUUGUACCCACGACCACGGGCAGCGCCGCAACCUCGUCCGCGUCGAUCGCGGAGCUGAAGCGGCAGCAGACCUUCAGCAAGGCCCAGCUCGCCGCGAAGAGGGCCUUCGAGAAGCGGCGGGCGCAGGCGGGCAAGGUGUCCACCAUGACCGCGGCCCGCAAAACCUUGGACGCCAAGUCCACCGCCCGCGAGGGGGCCAAGUCGGUCAGCUUGCUCCGCCCCAAAACCAUCGUGGAGGUGGUGCUGCAGCAAGCGCAUGACGAGUUUCACGCGCCGGAGCACUACGAGUCGGUGUUCGCAACCAUCGUCAAGGAGUGGGAGGUAUGGGUUGCAAAUAUGUCUGGGUCUGGAAGAAUACAAACUUGUGAUGCGCAUUUCAGAAUACAGAAAAAUUUCUCAUGCAUACGUAGCAAAAGCUGCCCACUUUCUGUCACCAAAUUGGGGGAUUUGUCAUGCGGAUUCGGCAUUGUGGAAGCUUCUCGAAACCUGUGACGCUAGAGCUUCCAUUCCAGACCUUUUGUGUCAUGCAAAAACAGCAUGACUCUUCCAGACCCAGACAUUUUUGCAGUUGAUAGGAGGAGCACAGCUACGACUACGAGAAGUGGCGGGGGUUGACCUGCUUCCUGGUGCCCGGCCUGGAUGAGUCCUUCAUUGCGCGGCAGGCGCACGCCUCCAACUGGCUCACGGCGGAGUACGCCAGCAAGUCGCUGCGCACGCUGCUGACCGCUUUUCUGAACGCGGUCCACGCCGGGCUGGACCGCCUGAGGAAGCAGCGGUACCGCAUGGGCACGUGGCCGGGGGCGCAGAUCGGGGAGGCCCUGAUCUUCGCGAAGGAGGCCAUGGAGGGCAUCGUGCGGGCGGACCCCUGCCUGAAGCCGACGGCGAAAGUGAUCGUAAACUAUUUCCCCGACAUGCCCCCAGAGAUCUGGAAGCAGUCCGCGCAAACCCAAGCGGAGUGGGCCCUGGAGGUGGCGUUCUGCCGGCUGUACGCAGACAUCUACGGUGCCGGGUUCGACCCUUCGGAGGUGGUGGACCACGAGAGUAGUACGAGCAGCAGUCGUUAUAAUGCCUCGCCACCGAUGACCAGUCUGAGCAAGUUGAAAAAGCAGGAGGCCGGGGCACGGUCGAUGCUGUUUUUCUGCCUCGUACUGGAGAACGCGCGGGCGCUGCUGCAGCCCGUGGUCUCCAACGACUACGCAGCGGAAGCGAGCAAACGCGCCUCCGAGUCGAGGAACAGCGGGAUAAAUGGUAGAUACAACGACGGCGCGACGCGCGGAUCGAUAGACUCCCGGCGGACGGCACAAAGUACAAGUUCUGGUGACAACUCUGGUUCCGCGGGGGCGCUGGUGUUGGGCGGCAGAGUGUUUUCCGAGUUGUUUUCCCGCAAAAGAAGUGGAACCAGCACGGGAGGAUCUGGUGGUGCUUCCGCAGUUGCACCACCUCCCCCCGGAAAGAACAAAAUUUCACCCGCCGAGGGUGUUGAUGUGCUGGACGAGGAGGAGCUUGUUGGUGGAGAAGGCACGUCGGCUCCGAAAGUAGACCGCACUUCGCAGGACCGCGGGAACCUCACCGACAACAGCGAAGAGAACAACAUAAAUAGUAGUACGAUUCAGACCGAGGGGAGGCACCGGUUGCCCGCGUCGGGGUUGCUGCGGCAGGCGACUGCGAAGCUCCAGGAGGAGAAGGAAACCACGAAAAUUGUCAGUGAGACGCUGGACCUCGCCGUGGAGAAGCUGGACGUGAGUCUGAAGCGGGUGCUGUUCGCCGCGCGCAGCUGCGUGAUCAAGAACUGGAUCGUAUCCUUUGUAAAAACGUCCCCACACCAUAGUUGUCAUGCAAAUCUGCAUGCUUAAAAUGUUUGUCAUGCGGAGCCCCAUGAGAAGCAUUUUCUAAUGGUGUUUUGAAAUUUGUCAUGCUCCAACCAGCAUGAGAGACUAGAUCUGUAAUGCUGCUGAACUAGCUCAAACAGCACUACACUACGCGUCCAAAUUUGUCAUGCGAAACAGCCAAAACUUGUGGAUUUGUCUAGCCGAUUCCCCAUCUUGACUAUGGGGUGGGUACGUUUUUACAUAGGAUAGAUCGGGAAGUACCCCAAGGUGAGCCGCGUGUGGCUGCACUCGCUGGCCGCGCAGGGCAUCGCGGAAGACAUGUGGCACCAGCUGGAAAUGUGCAAGGACUCCGGCCUGUUGACCGCCCAAGAACUCGGCUUGCUCGAUAUUACAGUGAAAAGUGCCCCCCACCCCAAAGUUGCAAAAAUUUGUGAUGCGAAGUUUCCAAAUGAAAACUUUUUGUCAUGCAUGAAAGGAGUAUGAAUCUUUCUGAUGCAGAUUCUAGUCGUGUUUCGCAUCGCUUACAUGACAAGCACCGCUCUUGCUGGGAUCUUUUGCAAUACAAAUUUUUGCUAUUCACGAUCGGAAAUCUGUGAUGCUGAUACAUGCAAGAAAGCGAAUGCUUCAUUUGGAAAGGUUUGCAAUACAAAUGCUUUCAAGUUCGGGGGGGGGGGCAUUUUUCAUUGUAAUACUCGACGCCAACGUGUUUCACCUGGUGCUGGACCAUCUGGAAGCCUACAGCAACCUGGACCACUUGGACCAUAUUCUGCACCUCGACCGUAUUACAAUGAAAAAUGCCCCCACCCCCGAACUUGGGAGCAUUUGUGUUGCAAACCUUUCCAAAUGAAACAUUCGCCCUCUUGCAUCUAUCAGCAUCACAGGUUUUCAGUCGUGAAUAGCAAAAAUUUGUAUUGCAAAAGACCCCAGUAAGAGCGGCACUUGCCAUGCAAGCUAUGCGAUACACGCCUACAUUCUGCAUCAGAAAGAUUCAUACUCCUUUCAUGCAUGACAAAAAGUUUUCAUUUGGAAACUUCGCAUCACAAAUUUUUGCAAUUUAGGGGUGGGGGGCACUUUUCACUGUGAUAGACCGGGAAAGCAGUUCUAGAGCUGCUUUCGAGCAGCGCGGGCGGGAACAAGCGGGAGCGGAAGCGGUCGGGGGCACCAGCACGACAUCAUCGGCGCUGAAACAAGGAACAACAAUACCAAAUGACGCAGGUGCAGCAUCAUCCCCCGUGAGUAGCGCCCCGUCCACCCGACUCUCCGUUCCCACGACCCAGCACCGACGCACCGUCAGCAAAGAUGGCGGAAAGACGGAGGUUUCCAUAUCCUGAGUAAAAACGUACCCACACCAGAGUCAGGAUGGGGAUUUUGCAACACAAACCUAGGAGUUUUGUGAGUCACGCAUGACAAGUUGCACUAUGCAGCGUAGUGCAGGUUAGCAAGUGCAGCCGCAUCACAGAUUCAUCUGCUCAUCCUGUUCACAGCAUCACAAAUUCCAAAUAAACACGAUGGGAUUGGCUCUCAUGAUGGGGAUGCGCAUUACAAGUCUGCCUGUCUUCGCAAAUCUGCAUUACAACUCUGGUGUGGGUACGUUUUUACUCAGGAUAUUCCACCCUGGCUGGGUCCAUUCGGCCCGUGCAGUUUGACUUCUCCAAGGACAAGGAGCAGCGAGCCACAGUGCUGAAGAUGCGGGAGCGAGUCUCCAAGAGCGUGAACAACCGAAAGUCUUGGCGGGGCGCGAUCCAGCGAACCCGCAGCCUAAUACGGUUGGGCGCGGCCAGUACGGUGCAGGCGACAACCUCGGGCGAGGAGGAACUACAGAAUGAGAACGGCGAAGAAGUUCAAACAGGGCCAACCACGCAGGAGCCGGAGGCGGAAGCGAACCCGCUGCAAGCAGCGCUCGCGGAGGAGGAAGAAGUAGACGAGGAGUAAGUAGGUUCCUAGUAGUGCUGCGUUCAUAUAAUUUGCCUACCCAAAAAAUUUUAUUUGCAAAGCAAAUUUGUUCAAUCUGUUAUCCUUAUCGGCGACUCAACGUCGACGGCUGUCAUUUGGACUCGUUGCAAACGGAGGAACAGGAACUUCGUCCUCGAAGUAGACUACGACCCGAUCGACGAUUUUUGGAUAGCACAAGCACACCUUGAACUGCAUGGCAAACAAUGUCUGUAAUUGAUCGAUUCUACAUAUUUCUGUUGUGUGAUAGUGAUGUGUCGUGUGUGCUUUGAAUGUCAAGUACCUCUUAAGAUGCCUAUUAAGCAUGAUCGCUUGACUGAAAAUACAAAUAGCUCCACCCAGGCAGGCGAAAUAGAUGCGAAUCGACAAUGCUGGAGAUGGUCCCCGGUUUCUAUUCACGAAUUUAUGCAAUGAAGCAUUCCCCAUGUUGCUGGAAGUGAUAUUGAUCCCCCAAAUCAUUCCUAGUUAGACCACAGCAGCUAAGUACUGCAGUUUCAUCGUGCAACGGUGGAAGAUCAU